AUGCUCCCAAGUGUGAGAACAACCGUUUACCACCUACACUCAGAUUUACAGUACGCUCACCGCUCUCGUCCAACUCGCAGCAAAGCCACCUGGGUAGCGGCCGCGGCGGGCGAAGCCGCACAUGCGCAGUCUGUCGCUGUUCAGUCCCGCCCUCGGACUCCGAGAGAACGAGCGACGCUCCUCCCCUGGGCCUCUGCCGCGCAGGCGCAUUGGCGCUGGGCUGCCUCCGGGUCCGGAGCCCGCGGUUUGCGAAGUGGCGUCGGGCCUGGCAGGUGCUUCCAGUGCGGGGUCGCGGACCCCAAGGGAGACAGCAGCACGGAGGUGCCGAGUGUGGCCGAGGGGCCGGGGGCCGCUGGCGGCGUGCCCCUGCCGGGGGCUCCCGGCCCCGCGGCGGCCCCGGCCUCUCAGUUCACCCUGCUGGUGAUGCGCCCGUGUGGGGGCCAGGAGGAGGCCGGGUCCGAGGGCGUUCCGAGGCCCACCCAGGCCCCCGGCGGCACGCCCGUGAGGUACCUGUGCGAGGUCGCGGGGGAGGUGGACGAGGAGGUGGGGGAGGACGAGGCGGACCUGCUGGACACGUCGGACCCCCCCGGGGGAGGCGAGAGCACGGCCAGCUUGGAGGAUCUGGAGGAUGAGGAGGUCCACUCGGGGGGCGAGGGCGGCGGCGGGGCCGGCCGGAGGCGGGGCAGCGGCGGGGCCGGCGCGAGUAAGACCUGCACCUACGAGGGCUGCAGCGAGACGACGAGCCAGGUGGCAAAGCAGCGCAAGCCGUGGAUGUGCAAGAAGCACCGCAACAAGAUGUACAAGGACAAGUACAAAAAGAAGAAGAGUGACCAGGCCUUGAACUGUGGCGGGGCCGCCUCAGCUGGCAGCUCGGGAAACGUCAAACUAGAGGACAGUGCAGAUAACCUGCUCUCCAUGGUUAAACAAAGAACUGGAUCCUUUGGAGAUCGUCCUGCAAGACCUACUCUUUUAGAACAAGUGCUCAAUCAGAAAAGACUGUCAUUACUGAGAAGUCCAGAAGUGGUGCAGUUCUUACAGACACAGCAGCAACUGUUAAACCAACAAGUCUUGGAGCAAAGGCAGCAGCAGUUCCCAGGAGCAGCAGUGUGAGGGGACUUACCAAGAACAGUCACAUACUGGUGGUUCUUUUUAUUGUAUUAUAACAGAUAAGCAUAUUUUUGUACUAAAGAUCAAUGGUAAGACAUGCCAGUAGAACAUAAGCAUUUUUUUGGUAAACGUAUGUGUGCAUUCGGGGAUAAAUAAGUGUUGUCCUCUGUGUAUCUGAUCCUUUCAAAUCACCUUAAGCUUAAAGAAGUUGGCUUGUCUUUCCAAAGUAACCUUUAAUUACAUUGGCUUUUAAAAUACGUUCUUCUUCAGUUGUUGUUGAAGAUAAUGAAGCAGUUACUUUCUGUGGAAGUCAUGAAGUUAAUAUAUAAUAAUCCAGAAUCAUCCAGCUCAGUUAUUCUCAUCAAGAGCAACUUGGAAAUGUUUGGGUAUGGGUUAUGGUUGUCAAGAUGACCUUGAAACUUGCCGGAGGGUGGUGGUCGGGUCAAGGGGCAGUUUAAUGUGUGGCACAAGAAAAUUAAAUGUUCAGCAGUGCCUGGUUUAGAGACUAAAUUAUUUCACCCACAAUGCCAACAAUGCCUCUCUUAAAGCACUGCUAGCCACUGGAGGUGCUAAUGUGUAGUUGAGACAUCUAGAGUUGCGUUCUCACAACCACCUUUCUCUGCAAUCGGUACUGGA